AUGUUUAAGCUCUCUUUGACGACUCUUUAUGGCACCUGCACACUUUUCAAGUUAUUGCUUUCCAUCAAAGCCACACCCGCUCAAGCUAAUCAAGCCUCAGCAGCAGCUCAGGACAAUGCAGUAUCAAAAAGAAAGGCGGGAUUGGACUCUUCUGACAAUGAAGAUCAUUCAUUGGAGGACAACACUAUGGUCACAAAGGCGGCAACAAAGAAGGUGAAGAAGAAGAAGAAGACAAGUUCCAAGCAGGACAAUCUUGAGAAUCAUUUUUUGAAAGACUUGUCUCCCGCCCAGCGAAAACUAGCUGAGGCUACAGAUAGGAAGCUCAAGAAUGAUUUGGACCAACACAAAGCUGGACCACUUUUCCUCAUGAUUCUCCGUGGGGAAAUGGAAGGUACCUACAUCUUUGUCUGCCGGAAGAAAUAUGGACAGCUGGCGCGCAACGUUUUAAAAAAGGGAUCGUUCCGUUUCUGA